AUGAUAAAAACUACUUCCAGAUCAAGCCAUACGGACAUGUCUUCCAAUCAACCGGUUGAUGUCUUCGAUUUUCAACAAAAUCCAAUUUUCUGCGAAAUUCAGCCUUCAAUUGAACUAUUUGCUGAGGAAAGUUCCCAGAAAAAUGAAAAUAUUCCCUCAUCUUCAAACUGCUCAGUUGUUCGAUAUAUUGACCCAAGAAUGAUCUAUAAAUGCAAUGUCUGUCAUAAAACAUUCAAAGAAUUCAAAGGUCUAAAGCAGCACGCAGUAGUUCACACAAGAGAUCGACCAUUCAAAUGUAACAUUUGUUCGAAACAUUUUCGAUUUAAGUCGAAUUUGUUCGAACAUCAAUCGGUACACACUGCCGUGACACCAUAUCAAUGUUCGUAUUGUGGGAAGGCGUACCGGCUGAAAGGGAAUCUCAAAAAGCAUCUUCGUGUGCAUGUAACAUCGAAAGAAGAAUUGGAAGCUGCCUAUAAACCGUUUGCCGCCAAAAAAUCAACGAAAAAAUAUAAAGAAGACCAGAGAAGAUAUUGGGCAGAGGAUUGUCCCACGAUUUUCCAUGAAAACGAACAAAAAGAAGAACAAUUUACAGAUUUCACUGAAUUUUACAAUUGCCCAGCGUGCCAUAUACGACUCAUGUCAAGAGCUAUCUGCAUCGAUCACUCUAAUAUGGACCGCCCUAGCAACACAGAUCCAUUCAAUUUCUUCUGUACAAAGUGCUUCCGUCGAUUCGACAAUGAAAAAAGUUAUAAAAAGCACUUGGAAUAUCAUGAUUAUGUGUUAGAUUUCAUUAAAUCUCCAGGUUUUUCUGUUUAA